AGAUAACCCGUGAAUUCUCAAGGCAGCCAAGUCCGUCCCCGACGUAACGGCAGGUAUGCCACAACGUCAAAGUCAAGGGGCCUUUCCACCGGGGGGUAAUCCUAGUGAAGCCCAAGCAGCAGACAGUUACUACAGCAAUGGCAGCAGCUUCAUGGAGUGGGCCUGGGGUACGUCCUUCCAUGUGUGCCGUCGCUGCCCGGGCGAGUCGGUGCAGCAGGCCAUGAUCCGUCACGAGCAUUAUCUCGCCCUCCGACUGGGCCUCCAGCCCGAUCAGAAGGUGCUGGACCUGGGGUCGGGCCUCGGAGGCCCCGCGCGCGAGCUCGCCCGCUUCGCCGAGGUGGACAUCUGCGGGGUGGAGAUCAGCGCCGCGCAGGUCCAGCGCGCGACGCGGCUGACCGAGCAGGCCGGCCAGGCCGACCGCGUGCGCUUCGUGGCCCGGGACUUCACCGCCACGCAGCUGGAGCCCGACUCCUUCGACCGGGCGUACUCCAUCGAGGCGACGUGCUACGCCCCGGACCUCACCGCCGUCUACGGCGAGGUCUUCCGUCUCCUCAAGCCCGGGGGCAUCCUCGCCGUCUACGAGCUGGCCAUGACGGACCGAUACCAGGCCACGCGCGCCGACCACCGCGAGUGCCACCGCGACCUGGAACGCGUGGCCGGCUGUCCGCAUCUCCGCACCACCGCCGAGGUGGUCGACGCCAUGCGAGCGGUCGGCUUCGAGCUCCGCGCGGCGGAAGAUCUGGCCGAUUCCGCCGCCGCCGCCGCAGGCUUGCCCUGGUACCAGCUCAUUGACGGUUCGUUCAAGUGGAUGGGCGGAGCCGUGGAGACCCUUGCCUGCGGGCUCGUGGCGGCGUUUCUGCGGCUCUUUUCCUCGCGCUGGGGCGGUCGGUUCCUGAGCGCGGGCGAGAUGCUGGGCCUCCUCGCUCCAGGAACCCGGGGUCGCGUCGUGGACAUGGUGAGGGUGAUGAAUGCGUAUCGGGUUGCAGGGGAGAAAAAGUUGGUCACCCCGAUGUUUCUGAUGGUAGCUCGAAAGCCAAAGCUUCGACCAAUGGCCUCGGAAUGA